UCGUUUAUGUUGACAAAAAUUCAGUUUUUUAUCUAUUUUGUUCAGUUCUGUGACACUUGACGUAAUUGACAGCAGUCAAUUCUAACCCCAUUUUUUAAUUUUGAAGUUCGAAUUUAAAAAAUCCUGUAACGUGCCAGAGAUGUAGAGAUGGUAGUUAAAAAACCCUGGAGAAAGAUCUUGUACGAAAACCAGCCCUACCCCGACAACUACACCGACGAUAGUUUUUUACGGGACCUCAGGACCAACAUCAAGCCCGUCUCACUGGGCGAAGCCCUCUGGGGUGCCACCUUAUUGCUUGAAGAAUUUUGCACAGUUGUGGCAUUCGUGCUAGUUUACGUCUAUUUGUACAACGAAUGGAUCCAACCUCAGUCAAUUUUCACAAUUUCGUCAGUUUUUACAGCCCUUGGAUUUGUGUUCUAUCGGCUCGUGUACAGCAAAGACGUGCAAGUUAAUUUGGGGCAUGAUCUCAGAACUUUGUUAAUUUUCAUGGUUUUUGGACAUUUAUUUUCACCGGUGUUGCACACGUUGACGGAUACCGUGAGCACCGAUACGAUUUAUACCAUGACGUUUUUUAUGAUGGUCAUUCAUUUGAUUUUCUUUGAUUAUGGGGUUAGUGCGGCCAUUGUCUCUAAUAGUUUGUCUUUGAGUGCUGCAAUUUUUGCGUCGAUUUGUCUAGCUUCUAGACUUUCCUCAGCGUAUCAUGCGUUUAUUUUGAUAACAGUUGCCGUUGAACUGUUUGUCCUUUUCCCGUUAUUUAGGAGCAAAAUUAAGAAGUCUUUCUACAUAAUUGGGCCACUAGUUCUAAGCGAUGUUUACUUUUUAAUGAAUAGUUCAGUUUUGUUCAUGAUUGUUUUUAUCCUAACUGGAGUUUUCAUCAACAUAGGUUGUCCUGUCUUAUUCGUGAGGUACCAGAAGUACAAAUCCAACAUUUACGGCCCUUGGGACGAAGCCAUUGUUGAUGAUGCUGAUAGUGUAAUAGAAGGGCGGAAUAAAUGAUUGAGACAAA